AUGCGGCGUGCGCGUUGCAUACCCCUCGCACUAUGGCGCGUGCCGAAGCGACAGCUUGGAACAUCGCGCGUGGUGCUAAAUAGAAGCGCGGGAACGCGCAGGAACGAGAUUGGGAAGGCAGAGAAAGUGAAGAAAAAAGCCGCGUGGGCGUCCAAAGGCAGCAAGUUGGACCAGCUGAUGCGCGAUCCUUCCCUGUAUACCCCGAUACGCAAACCGCGCCUUCCGAUUGUGUUGUGCCAUGGACUCUAUGGUUUUGACGUGCGCGGCCCAUUUCUCGGCUUAGAGUAUCACUAUUGGUCUACCACACUGGAUAUCCUGCGCGACCAGAUCGGUGCAGAUGUGCUGGUGGUGAGCGUUCCGCCGACAGGAUCGAUCAAGGAGCGUGCCGAGGCUCUGCACAAGUUUCUUGCCGACCCCGCCAACGGCGUGCGUGGAAAACGGAUUAAUUUUGUGGGGCACAGCAUGGGCGGUUUGGACGUGCGCUACAUUAUCUCGACAAUCAAACCCAAGCCGGAAGAGUAUACACCUGCGAGUCUUACCACACUUUCGACGCCUCACCGAGGCAGCCCUUUUAUGGACUGGUGCAAUGCGAAUAUUGGCAUCGGGGUAGAUUUGAUCGACGAUCUGAUGCAGGAAGCGCGUGUCGUUACGCCCAACGCCCCGGAACUGCCGCAUCUUCCGCCGUUUAGCCUCAAGUCGCCGCUGUUUGCGCGCAAAGACAACAAGAAGAAUUCUGGGUCUGAUGCGUCGGCGCUAGCGAGCAUCACCAGUGUCCUUAACUCGGUGUCGAGCGCCCUAAGCUCCUACAUCUUGGCCACCUUUGACCAGCCAGCGUACGCCAUGCUCUCUACUCGCCACAUGACCCGCUUGUUUAAUCCCCGCACCCCGGACGAUCCUUCAGUGCGCUACUUUAGCGUCGCUGCACGCGCGAACGAGCUAUCUGUGAUACACCCACUCUGGCUCCCGAAACUGAUCCUGGACAAGGCCGCGGCUACAAACACGUCUGGCGGCGAAAUGGAUGGGAGCAGCGACGCGUUGGGCGGCUCUUUGCAAGGAAACGAUGGACUUGUGAGUAUCCGUAGCGCACAAUGGGGCACGUUUCUGGGGAUCAUGGAAGGCUGGGACCACUGGGACGUGCGCGGUGCUGGCGGACCUCGCCGCAUUCGGUCCGCAAAAUCGAUGCCCAAGGCGCGCGUUCAUUUAAAGCCAGACAAGGCUUCUGCGCUGAAUCUUUUCCAGGCUGGAUGGGCGCGUUUGACCGAGGCCGCGCAAGCAUGGCGCCGUCCUUCGACGCCCACGAGCCAAGCAGCGCCGGAGGAUGCCUACUGGAAUUGGCUGGACGCCGCGCUCAGCGACUAUAACGACCCGGGACCGAAUCGAAGCGCGACAUCCGAGCUGGAUGCGCCACCUGCAGCUGCAGCAGUGUACGCAAUGGCGUCGGCAUACGAGAAGUAUGCACCGAAAAAAUUGUCGUCCAAGCGCGAUGCGGAGAUUGCACAACGAGUGGCCAAGUGGAUUUCGUCACAUUUGCCCCACGAUGCGGACGGCGCAUCCUCCUACAAAGAUGACAUGCGCAAUGUAUACAUGUAUUUAUCCGAACCGCGCCACUCGCUUAUGCUUCCUGCGCCUCCUGCACAAGAGGCGCCCAACUCGGAUCCUCCGUCGCCCGCGCCGCACCUUGUGCGAAACGACGAGGCGAGGCGGACGGCGAAUGCAAAGCAAAAGGGGUUUCCCAACGACAUCCUUGCUAUGCUUCCAUUCCUCUCACAGCAUCAAGAAAACACGUCCUCCCCUCCGCAAUUGGUUCUGGAGCAUUUUUGGCUCGCCAUAUGCCGCAAUCUGUACGACGAGGGUUUGUAG